AUGCCAGCUCCCAUCACCCUCACCCCAGAGCAGCUCGCCAAGCAGGCCGAGCGCAAGGCUGCCAAGCUCGCAAAGAAGGCCGCGCAGGCGGCGUCGGGCGAGACCAACGCGCAGCAGCAGGCCGAGCUCGAGCGCCGGCGGAUCCUCAAGCGCGACUGGCAGUCUGUCGGCUCCAGCACGCACGCCAACAAGGCAACAAUCGUCACAUGGAACAUGCUCGCGCAGACCCUCAUCCGCAGGCAGCUGUUCCCGGGCUCGGACGCACUCAAGUGGGGCGACCGCAAGCCGAUGCUCGAGGCCGAGCUCGAGCGCUUCCGCAGCGUGGACGUCAUCUGCCUGCAGGAGUGCGACAAGCUGCAGGAGCUGUCUGCUGCCGUGCCAGACCACGAGGCGAUCGAGGCGCGCGGCGUCGGCAAGGCGCACGGCUGCGUCGUGCUGUACAAGCGCAGCCGGUUCGAUGCGGCGGCGCAGCUCGUCAUCUCGCUCGACGACGAGGACCUGAGCCCCGAGGCCGCGUCCGAGUCGGCACGCCGCGGCAUCUCGCGGCAGACCAAGAACAUUGCGCUGGCCGUCGCGCUUGGCGAGAAGGAGGACCCGGGCAAGGGUGUGAUCGUCGUCACGACACACCUGUUCUGGCACCCACGGUUCCAGUACGAGCGUGCGCGUCAGACGAUCGUCCUGCUGCGCGCGGUGCGGAGGCUGCAGAAGGAGAAGGGCUUGGAGGGCUGGCCCGUGGUUCUCGCUGGUGGUGAGUCGCAGAGGACAGAUAGGCCACCGAGCAACGCUGACCCCUCCCCCUCAGACCUCAACUCGCAGCCAGCAGAGACGGCAUACCAGUUCCUCGCGGCGCCCCAGCUGCCCCUCGACCCGGUGAUCGCCAAGACGCUCGAGGAGUCGCGCAUCGUGCACACGUCGGCCGCCAAGGCGCUCUCGUCGGCCUCGGAGCCGCCAUCAGAGAGCGCGAGCGGCACGGCGACCCCCGCCGCAGGGAAGGACGACGACGAGGAGGCGGCCGCCAAGGACGAGAACUCAAUCGCCAACACGCGCGCGCCCGAGGCCGACGACGGUAUCCGCUCCCUCGACGACCUGUUGGCCAUGCUGCGUGAGGUGCUCCCCGAGCCUGCGCGCAGCGCGUACGAGACGUCCACGUGGACGGGGGAGAAGUACGGCGCGCGCCUGCCCGAGGGCAUCACGACGACCGCAGGCCGCAACGAGCCAAUGUACACGUGCUACUCGCCCCUGUUCAAGCUCACCCUCGACUACCUCUUCGUCCUGCCACCGCUCAGCGGGUCGUCCUGGGCCGAGGUUACCCAGCUCCUGGGGACGCCAAAGGCCGAGGAGCUUGGCAAUGGCGUGCCGAUGAAGGGCAUCAUCGCUGCCGACCAUCUGCCAGUUGGGUGCGAAGUGGCUUGGGCGUAA